AGUCCAAUCGAUGGGAUACUUGGAUUAGGAUUCUCAAGGCUCGCUGUGAAAGAGGUGAAUCCUCCCUUCCAACAAGCCAUCGAUCUAGGACUAGUUGAUCCGGUCUUCACCGUCUUUCUGAAGCAUAGGGGAUUUCGGGCACAGGGCGAAUUCGGAGGCGUUUUCACUUACGGAGGUUUGGACGAUGUGAACUGCGGUGAAGUGAUUGCGUACGAGAAACUCACGCUGGCUGCAUACUGGCAAUUCCAUAUGAAUGCGUUCAGCGCUGGAUAUCUAGCUGUCAAAAAGGGAUGGGAAGUAAUCUCCGACACGGGCACCUCCUUUCUGGGCAUUCCAGCUGCAAUCGCCGCAAUGGCAGCGGAUUCCUUCGGCGCCAGAUUCAACCGUUUUUACGAAAUCUAUGAAAUCCGUUGUGGGGCAAACGUCACAUUCAACUUGACUAUCGGCGAUAAGGUCUAUACUCUAGAAGCAGAGAACCUGGUUGUCCACCUGGCGGAUCAAUUCUGCGUAAUAGCAAUGUACCCGAUGAGCUACGGCGGCUUUGGGCCGCAAUGGAUUCUCGGCGAUCCGUUCUUACGCCAGUUCUGCAAUAUACAUGACAUUGGUAAUAAGCAAAUUGGCUUCGCAAAGCCGAAAGGGAAAUAA